CGCCGGCCCCCUGCCAGUCUGGGCUGGGUGGAGGAGCGCCGGCAGCGCCGCUCGUCCUUAUCGAUGGGCUGGGCGGCUUAGCGCGCGCAGCCACCUCUUCCGAGGAGGAGCAGUCCUGGGGCUCACCGCGGGUCGGGUGACCCACCCAUGGCUGCUCCGGACGCGGCGACCGGCCGGGGCGCGGGACCCCGCGGAGGGCGCUGAGCUCCAAGGCCGCGGGGUGCGGAGAGGUGGGCGGCCGUCGAGGUGCCCCUCGGGGAGCGCGCUGGGCACCAUGCGUCCCCGCUUGCUGCUGUGGCCGCCGCCACCGCUCCUGCUACUGCUGGCCUGCGCUGCACAUACGGUGGGUGCCCUCCCUGGAUUGUGUGAUGUGAUGCGUGUGCUGCAAGAGGAACAGGACCAGUGCCUACAGGAACUCUCUGAAGAGAAUCCAGGAGACUUGGGCACAGAGCAGCCAGCCCCAGGUUGUAAGGGACUGUGGGACAACAUGAGCUGCUGGCCGUCCUCUGCACUGGGACAGACCGUGGAAGUGGGAUGCCCCCAGUUCCUCCGGAUGUUCACCGGCAGAAAUGGUUCCAUGUUUCGAAACUGCACACAGGACGGCUGGUCGGAAAUCUUCCCCAGGCCUGACCUGGCCUGUGGGGUUAAUGUGAACGACUCAUCCAACGAGAAGCGGCACCAGUAUCUAAUGAAGUUGAAGGUCAUGUACACCGUGGGCUACAGCUCCUCCCUGGUGAUGCUCCUGGUCGCCCUCAGCGUCCUCUGUGCUUUCCGGAGGCUCCACUGCACCCGCAACUACAUCCACAUGCACCUUUUUGUGUCCUUCAUCCUGCGUGCCCUGUCCAACUUCAUCAAGGAUGCGGUGCUCUUCUCCUCGGAAGAUGUCACUCAAUGUGAUGCCCACAGGGUGGGCUGUAAGCUGGUCAUGGCUUUCUUCCAGUACUGCAUCAUGGCCAACUACGCCUGGCUGCUGGUGGAAGGCCUUUACCUUCACACGCUCCUCGUCAUCUCCUUCUUCUCGGAAAGGAAGUGCCUCCAGGGAUUUGUUGCCCUCGGAUGGGGUUCCCCGGCCAUUUUUGUUGCUUCGUGGGCUAUCAGCAGGCACUUUCUGGAAGAUGUCGGGUGCUGGGACAUCAACGCCAAUGCAUCCAUCUGGUGGGUCAUUCGGGGGCCCGUGAUCCUCUCCAUCCUGAUUAACUUCAUCCUUUUUAUAAACAUUCUAAGAAUCCUGAUGAGAAAACUUAGAACCCAAGAAACCAGAGGGAAUGAAGUGAACCAUUAUAAGCGCCUGGCCAAGUCCACCCUCCUGCUGAUCCCCCUCUUUGGAGUCCACUACAUCAUCUUCGCCUUCUCCCCGGAGGAUGCCAUCGAGGUCCAGUGGUUCUUUGAAUUGGCCCUUGGCUCGUUCCAGGGCCUGGUGGUGGCGGUCCUCUACUGUUUCCUCAACGGGGAGGUGCAGCUGGAGGUUCAGAAAAAGUGGCGCCAGUGGCACCUUCGUGAGUCCCUACUGCGCCCCAUGGCCCUCAGCUCCUCCUUCAGCAACGGCUCCAGUGGCCUAGCCCACAGCACCAAGGCCAGCAUCCCAGAGCAGAGCCGGGCCACCUGCAGGAACAGUGUCAUCUGAGAGUCUGGAGCAGCGCCAUCCACGGGACAGACGCCAAGGCGGGUCAAGAGGAGGCCAGACACUGCUGCGGGACAGUCCCGGACCCGUCUUCUCAGCAGACAUCACCUGCUUUCUCCUGUGACCAACCAUCCACCUCCCCUGAGCCUUGGGAUGGGCAGGGGGCUCUGCUGAUAAGGUUCCUUAGAACUGAAAGGAAUGAGGACACACGGGGCAGGAAGAGGGCCCAAGUCAGGGGCUCCAGAAGAAGACAGGGAAAUAAAUGGUAGCUGGGACAGGUUUGGUCUGUAACUGCCCACUCUUUUGGCCCUUGAGACAAAAGUGAAGGAUGACACUCCCACUCACUUCCCUACUCCUUCCUGGAGUUUCCAGGGUAAGUUUAAAGAGCAGGAAACAGGAGAAAUGGAAGACCCUUGGCCCUAGGUGGACCCUCCCUACAACUCACCUGUCUAGUAGCUUGGACUCUACAACCUCAAGACAACUAAAUUCAUCUGACCAAGUCAGCGAGGCCAAGAGAGCCCCAAGACCCCCAGCUUCCUUAGUAAGCCUAGCAUGGUACAAGGCACCCCUCUCCUCCUGCUGCUUUCAGUUAUCUACAGUCCUGGGGGCAGAAGAGCUGGGAAUGGAACAUGAUUGCAUGGGACAGAAGAGCUGGGAAUGGGACACGAUUCCAUGGGACAGAAGAGCUGGGAAUGGGACAUGAUCCCAUGGGGCAGAAAAGAGAAACAGGUUCACCAAGGUCCCAUGACUUGCCUGAGAUACUCAGCAAGAAGGGGCUGCAGUUCAGUCUAGCGCCUUUGGUUUCAAAUCCCUGCUCCGAGGCUCCAUCUGUCUCUUCACUAGGCGGGGGACAGGGGCCUGUCUCCCUGUCUUAUGUAGAUCUAUCUCCCCUUUAUUCUCUGGAUCUCAGUUCUUUUCACUGUGAGCACUCCCUCCCCACCAACCAUGUUAAGGAGGAAAGUGAACUGAACAUUUGAACCCUUUUAUAAAACAAAGCCUCCCAGUGUUCGGCGGGGAAAGCAUUCUAGACAGAAGCCUCAACAUAGAGAAGGCAUCUUGCUGGCGGGUGACCAUGGACAAGUGCCGUCCCACUUAGGGCCUUGGCUUCCCAUCUCUGCACCUCCCCACCACAGAGACAAGAAGUUCACCCCUUUGCGCUUGGUGAACACUCCUGGAAGGAAAAAAGUCAGGUGCUUAUUUCCCAGGGCAGAGAACCCAGCCCGUCUGGUUGAUGAGUUCCACUCUCUGAAAAACAGGUUGGCCCGUGACACCUUUCUACGGUGACCUCCAUGGACUCCAUAUAUAUUUAGGAAUCAAAGUUUUUUAAAAACCCACAAGAGACAGACAGGAGCACCAGCUGAGGAAGGGGAGCCUGCAGUGAUCAAGGCAGGGCAGAGACCAAAAAUCCAUGGUAGGAGUAGCCACCAGAGCAGAUCCGGUGCAGAGGGAAGGCACUAGUGUGGAAUGAAAUGGCUGAAGGCAGAAACCCCAGCUCUGGAGGCAGAAAAAAAGACACAGGAAAGGGGGCAUCUGGUUACCCAGAAAUGCACAUCUGAGGGUGAGGAUGGAAAUCUCCACUGGUCCCUGGUCCCUGGUCCCCUUCACCCUCACUCAUCCCCAGGACGGCUGUUAAUCAUUACUCAAGGCCUGCCAAGGCCCCUUGACCCCCGCCCCCCGGAGUUUGACAGGCCCAGAUAUGUGCUCUUUGGAAAUGUGCUCUGGAAUAAAAAAUGGCACCUGAUGCCGUCUUGGCCCUUAUCAAAGCCAGACACGCACACACCCUUGCCUUGGAGGAGGCUAUGGAAGUACUGGAAGGCUAGAGGGCUGUCCUGGGAAGCUUGCUGGAAGGGUUCGGGAAGGAUUCCCAGACGGGAUAGCUGGCAGCUGGAAGCUCCAGUUGUUCAAGGAUUAUGCACCCCCCCCCACCCCAACCAGAAGGGCAGGGUUCAAAUCGCAUCAAAUGGUUUGAAAACCCAGCAUAUGCAAGAAAUCGAGGGAAUCUUGAAUUCUGCGUCCCUGCCAUGACCAAGCUACAGCAGGGAAAUGUUCCCAUAAGGCCCUUUGAGCUGGUGAAGAAAGUCUGAGGAACCGCCUAGAUACACUUUGCUGGAGGAAUGAUCCACUCUGGGCAACCCCAGGAGACCCCAGAGCCCGUAUCCUGGCACAGAGUCAACAAAACAAGUAGGUGCCGCACUUAGCUCUGCAGCCAGCCCAGGUACCGGUUCCCAUGCUGCUUGCAAAUCUAUUCCCAUCCUGGGAAGAAGGAUUCAAGAAAAGGGUUUUUUUAAAACGUGUUACUUUUUCUAAAACCAACAUCCUACUAACUUAGCUAUGCCUGGGCAGUUGGGGGCACGGAAGCACAAUCCUGGCCUUUGGCCCCCGCAGGCCAGCUGCAAAGGCUGCUAGGCUGAUUCUGGCCAACCAUCCGAAAGGUUAUUGGCUGAGAGACAGCAGUUUCAAGGUCAUUGCCCCACCCUCCCGCCGCUCCCCCCACCCCCACCGGAGGUCUCCUGUUGGGAAAGUCCCAUCUUGACCACACUUUCUUGCAGAAACCAAAGUCCUCGGAUUUAGGAGGGGGGCCUAAAAUUUCCUUGGUUGGCCCCAGGGGUGGGUGAUGCUGCUUAAGUGCAGACCACUCAUGGCAUUCAGAAAGAAGAGGAAGGAGGCCGUGAACUCGCACCAGAACAUCAGGGUGAAGCCAGUGAGCGUGACAUGGUUCCAGAGGAGGAUCACGAAACUCAGGAGGCCUCCAGAGGAGAGGAUGAAGGAGAUGAGGAGGACGACAGAGCCCAUGGCCCACUUGCGCCGUGAGUGGAGGUCUUCACACACCUGGGACACCAUGAGGAGCUCUAGGCCCAAAAUGGCAGCCACCACGGCCAAGGCGCCCACACUGCGGGCCAGGACCAUGCCCACGGCCAGCCCAGGCACAUGUGCCCUACUCAGGUCUCUGAGACAGUGUGUCCCCGUCUGGUUGGAGGAAGUGCAGAAGUGCCAGAGCCCGAAGAGGCGGUCUCCAUCCAAGAGCCAGUGGCCAUCGCAGAUGGAGACAGAGGAGAGGACCAAGGCCAGGGCAGCGCAGACAAUGAUGAGGACCCGGAUGAAGGAUUCCAAGAAGGGCCGCUGGGGCCUCCUCUGGGCCAGCAGCCUCUGGGCCUGGAAGACAUCACGGAGGGCAUGUCAGGAAGAGGGCCCUGCUCCACCCCUCCAACCUCUUCAGGAAAAACUCUUGUCCAUGCCCCCAGCUUCCCAAAGCCUUAAUUUCUGCUGUAGUUGCCUUCAAGGCCCAGAAUGCCAACCUUUGCAAGUAGCUUCUGUCCCCCCUCCUCCUUACCUUUCAGCAAAGACCCACCUCCUUGGGGAGCCUUUCCCCCAUUCUACCUGCUCCCUGUCCUCCAUUCAAGACCUAGAAGCACCAAAUGUCCCAACUAUUCAUCAGGCAUGAAAAGUUCCCUGACCUUUCUUUAAUGAUCUCCACAAAUAAGAGACCCAAAUUCCAUUGACUAGCAGGUUGGCAGAUCCUAGUCAGUUCUGAAUUCAGUAAACUUGUCAGGCCAGGCUAGUGUGACCUUGAAUUUGCAGUACCCCCUGGGUUUCUUUGUACACAAAGCAAGAAUCUGAGCACCGGAUUAUUAGUAUUUUUUUUUAAUUAGCAUGCUAAUACAAGCUACAUUCCCCUUCUCCCAGGACUUCCCAGUACACUUCAGUUUUACCCUAAUCUCCACCCAGCUGGUUCUGCACGUACCAGACUCCAUGUUAUUACCUUGUUUUCCUCAGUACUGAAAAUGAUGUUUGCACUUUGCCCUUCAGUCUUGUCCAGCCUGAACCUGAACCCCACCCAGAGUUUGUCAAUCAGUAUGUCUGUCUAGUAGCUUCUGGGCGUGGAGAGGUCGCUGAGGCUCUUUCCAGCCCUGAAGGGUGCACCUGCCCCUCCCUUCUGGCAAACUGGGCCAGGCAUCCAGUGAGGUGUCCCUUAUCUCACAGCCCUGGGACACCAACAGGUAUGGGUUCCAUCCCCAACCAGAAAGCAAAAGAAGAAAAAUAUUGCAAAGAGUCAAACUCCUUACCACUGCUUACAAGCCCUGCUCCUUCUGCCCUGCCUCCCUCUCCCACUUCUCUCCCCAGCACACUCUUCCUGGCCCCUUUGCUCAGACAUAGCAGACCCAAAGACAGACCCAAAGACCCAGACCGAAUGACAAAGCCUAGAACUUUGUUCCUCAGACCUACUGGCCCCUCCACCUAAAAGGUUCUUCUCCAGGCUACUUCCUUCUCUCCAGUCUCCCUGUCUCUGUAGAAAUGUGCCUUCCUCACAGAGAGCUUGCCUCCCCAACCCCACCCAAACCAGGUCUCUUCCUGUCAGGGGCUCUGUCUUCUUCACGGUUCAGACCACCGGUCAUCCACUCCCUUCUGACUUGUACUGAUUAUAUAUUGCCUGUUGCAUCCAGACACUGUGCUCUCCAAGAGGGCAGGGCCCCCCAGUUAGGCAUCCCUGGUCCGUGGUGCAGAGCCUGACCUGGGCAUUCAGUGAGCGUUUGAGUGGAGCCGCAGGAUGAAUGAACAGUCAUCGCCACCACUGUCCCCGCCAUCCAAAGCUCUCUCUCAAUGAGUCUCCUGCCCGGUCGUAAGUUACCCCCCCUUUACAGCGUAUAUGGAAGAAACCCAGGCGACAGCCCAGUCUGAGAGUCAAGCAAAGCGUGGAGUCAUGUGCGGGGAAACCGGACAGGGACUACGUACAGUGUGCUCCCUACACCAUGUGUGAAUGGAGGCUUCCAAAAGCAAUCGGUGGUAACAGAAAGCAAAGCCAUGCUCCAAGGAGACUCUUGCUGUCACAGCCCCAGCAGGAACAUCAGGUCGGUGGCUAACCUGCCCACCUGAGCAAGAGUCACUGCUAAUUUCAGCCCGAGGGAUAAAAGAAUAAGGACUUGGUUUGCUUUCAUCAUUUCUACCAAAGCAGGGCCCUAUUUUACUCAAACCUGUGAGACUGGUUGAGUAGGGUGCUCCACCGGGCGUAUGUAAGGAGGGAAACUAUGUCACACAGAGGUCAGAUGACCUCCCCAAAGACACUCACCUAAAUCACAGUAAAAAAACCGUUACGCUGCCUGCAAAACUGUAUAUUGUACAGGGCGUGGGAUGCAUCCGGCCAACACAGUGACCCAACACACAGUGAUGGGGGCCUUUGUGUUAGGGCCUCAGUACGACUGGUGAGGGAGAGUAGUAGACAGUGCAGAGGGAUGCCCAAAGCAGGGUCAGGGCCCUAACUCACACCCCACACAAAGGCAGCCUGGCACGUUAUAAAGAACACUCCAGUGGAGUCGGCUGUGGUUCUCCAACAAGGACCCCUUGCUUCCUAAGCGGCUUCCAGGGGGCUGAGAUGGGGCCAGAGGAUGCUGAGUGGGCCAGCUAGGACUGCUUCCCCACUUCAACUACAACAGGCCCUUCUUACCUGCUGGAGACGCUGGGAGCCUAGGAGUCUGUGUUGAAUUGCAUCAGAAAACAACAACAACAACAACAACAACAAAACAAAAGCAAACGGCUUUUCUGCUAAGAAACAGACUAAGGAAAUCUUGAAACUUCUGUGUCUACAAACCAUUAAAGGUGUUUGUUCUUGGGUU